CUUCCUGGUACAGCCUGCAAGCGCGCGUUCAGCACAGGUUUCACAGAAACGGACGUUCGCGCGCAUCGAAUGAGCUUCUGUUUAAACUCUGUUUACUCAAGAUUUACUUUACUACAUCACAAUGCCAAAGUCAAAGGAAGUGUUGUCUUCUACCUCAGGCAGCGACUCUGACAGUGAAGUUGAUACCAAGGCCAAGCGAAAGAAGCAGGCCACGCCAGAGAAGCCAUCAAAGAAACAAAAAAGUGGAGAAACCUCAAAAGUCUCAUCUGCAUCCAAAAGCAGCAGCAGCAGCAAAAAUGACAAUAUGUUCCAGAUAGGAAAGAUGAGGUAUGUGAGUGUUCGGGAUUUCAAGGGAAAAGUGCUGAUUGAUAUCCGGGAAUACUGGAUGGACCAGGAAGGUGAAAUGAAACCAGGCCGUAAAGGUAUUUCACUGAACCCAGAGCAGUGGAACCAACUAAAAGAGCAGAUAAGUGAGAUUGACGACGCCGUGAGGAGAACAUAAGACCUGCCUGCAGUUCAAUGGCAACCUGGAUGCUUUUUUUUUUAAUUCAACAGCUUCUCGCUCUACAGUUCUGCUUGUGCUGGCCUCCAAAGCCCAAAAACAGUAUCUACGUAGUCUAAUAGACCUGUCAUAAAAUUGACAAAUGUGUAAUUACAAUGUUUUAGCCUUUGUACAGCAACGUGCUUCAUGAAGCAAAUGCGCUGACCAGGACACUUUGUAUGUAUAUUUUAGAUUAGGUUUUAUUGAAGUAGUUGUUCAUUGUAUUUGUCUUUUUAUAUUUGAGAUUUUCAUGGUUGGGGUUUUCAAAGGGUUUGGCUAGAAAUACAGGAUGUGAGUUUUUGUGCACUUAAGUUCUCAAGGACGCAAUAAAUUUUUCAGAAAUGAAGAUAGAAAGAUUUCUUUUUAAAAAAAAACUCUUUUGAACUUUCUCUUCAAGGAAUUCUGAAAUAUGUAUCAGUUUUUUCUUACAAAUGUGAUAAUCAGAAAUUUUCUUAAGCAGCAAAUCAACAUGUUAGAAAGAUUUCUAAAGAAUCAUGUGACAUUGAAGACAGCAGUAAAGAUGCUGAAAAUGUAGCUUUGCUUCACAGAAAUAAAUUGCAUUUUAAAAUAUAUAUACUUGUAGAAAAUAUAGUAAAUUGUAAUAAUGUUUUGCAUUUUUGUCAGUUAUCAAAUAAAUGCACAUUUGGUGAGUGUA